UACAGUCUCGUUAGCCGUGCAUGGCUGUGUUGUGGAAUAUCCAUCGUUUAUAAGACGACGAGUGGGGCUUUCAUUUCAAGCGGACAGUCCAGCAGCAUCAUGGGUCGGCGCUCCUCUGACAGCGAGGAUGACAGUCGGAGCAGGAGGAAGAAAAAACAGCGUCGCCGUUCGUCCUCCUCCUCUUCGUCCUCCUCUGGUAGCCGGGUGAGAAGCAGCCACAGUCGGAGAUCCAGUCGCCGGAGCCGUUCUCGCUCCAAAGACCGAAGGAGAAGACGACGUUCCAGCAGCAGUUCUUCUCAGAGUUCAUCUCGCAGGAGGAGAAGCCGAAGUGCAGACAGAGACAAAGGGAGAAGCCGCCGUUCAAACAGAUCACGCAGCCGGGACAGAAGGAGGUCUCGCAGUGGAAGUGGAAGUCGUAGCCGUCGAACAAGCCGCAGCCACAAAAGGAGCCGCAGCAGAGAGCGGGACAGGAGCCGUCGUAAGGGCCGAGGUCGAGAGAGGGAGAAAGAAAAGGACAGGGGAAAAGACAAGGACAGGAGCAAAGACAAGUCGGAGAAGAAGGGGGAUGCUGAGAAUAUUAACAUCGGAUUAGAACAUCUGCUAAAACAGACGAGGCUCUGAAGGCCAAAGUAGCCAAGAGAGAAGAGGAGGCCCGGAAAAAGUUGGAGGAAGAAGGAACUUCUCUGGAGGAGCAAGUGCGAAGGAUAAAGGACAUCGAGGCCAUCGAGAGCGAUUCCUUUGUUCCUCAGGCUUUCAAAUCAUCCCGGGAUGACAUAAAGAAGGAGGUGAGGCAGGAGUCAGAAAAGACGAGCUCUCAGGAAGUCACCCUUCCCAUAUCUAUAGUCUACGAUGACACCGACACACUAGCUCAUCCCAGUUUAUUCAUGGACAAGGAGAAAGCUGAGGAGCUGUGGCUGAACAGACUCAUCUCCCUGCGACAGGAGAGGCUCAUGGGAAGUCCCGUGACCUAAAGAAGACAAAUGUUUCUUCACUUUCAUUUCUCCCUGUUAUAAUUUUACUGCUAUUAGAACAUGGAGGUGUUCAUUAGCAGGGGUCAUGGGUAAAAAUAAAAUCCAUCCCCUCAGUUUAAUAAAGUGUCCACACUGAGCUGCUCUAACAUGUGCAGCAGGUGUUCGUUUUAUUUUCAUAUUGGACAAGGAUGGAAACGCUACACCUGAAGAAGUAAGACGAAGGUUCUACAAGUCAGAAUGUAAUAUUCAACAUCAAUAAAAUACUUUUUAGGGGUGCACCGAUUGCAGUUUUCUGGCCGAUCACCGAUUUCUAAAUAGCCUGA